AUGUCGAAUGUAUUUGGGAAGCUUAGUGAAUUACGCUAUUUGGAACUCAAUAAUAAUAAUUCCAGUGGUCAAGUUCCUUCAUUCCUUUCAAAUAUGAGUGUUGAAUUUCUUGAUCUUAGCUUUAACGAGUUAGAAGGAAACCUCCCAAUUCCAUUCUUUGGAGCUGAAUUUUUUUCAGUCUCAAACAAUAAAUUUAAGGGAGAUAUUUCCUUUCUAUUUUGCAAUGCAAGCUCACUUGAGAUACUCAACUUGUCUCACAACAACUUGUCAGGCCCUAUUCCACAAUGCCUUGUUGCCCUCCCAAAUCUCUCUGUUCUAGAUCUACAGAUGAAUAAUUUUUCUGGAACUUUACCGAACAAUUUUUCAAAGAGUAAUGUCCUGCAAACUUUGCAUUUCAACAGCAACCGAUUCAAGGGAUCAUUGCCUAUGUCUUUGGAGUUGCAAGUACUUGUUUUAAGAGAUAAUAGGUUUUAUGGGGCCAUUCCUAGUUCCAAUACCAAGAAUCCAUUUCCUAAGUUAAGGAUUUUUGACAUUUCCAACAACCACUUUAAUGGAUCUUUGCCAACAACAUACAUCAAGGAGCUUAAAGGAAUGAUGAAAAUAGAUAGUAUUGAAGUUGGUGCGCAAUACAUGGGAAAUAAAAAUUAUUCUAUUUAUAAGGAUUCAGUGGUGAUCACAUGGAAAGGUUACACCAUAGAGUUGGAAAGGAUCUUGACAAUAUUCACCACCAUUGACUUGUCAAGUAAUAAAUUUGAUGGGGAGAUUCCAAUUGCCAUUGGAGAGCUACAUGCACUAAUAGGGCUAAACCUCUCCCACAAUAGAAUCACUGGUUCUAUUCCAAAAUCAAUGGGGAAUUUGACAAGUCUAGAAUGGUUAGAUCUAUCAUGUAACAAGAUUGUGGGUGAGAUUCCUCAAGAAUUGACAAAUCUCAACUUUCUUGCUGUUUUGAACCUUUCACAAAAUCAGCUUGAGGGGAACAUACCAAGAGGUAAACAAUUUGAUACAUUCCAAAGUGAUUCAUAUGAGGGAAAUGUAGGAUUGUGUGGUGUUCCAUUGUCAAAAACUUGCAAUAUUAAGGAUGGAUCUUCAUCAACUUUUGAAUCUCAUGAGAAAUUUGGAUUUGAUUGGAAACCAGUAGCCUUGGGAUAUGGAUGA